UGCUGCGGCUCGUUUUGCUUUUACGUUUUGGCUUUCGUUCAGGAUGUAUUAGUUGGUGCUCAGGUUACGCUUAAAUGGCUUAGAAGAAUCCUGACUAUUUAUAACUCCAAAGAGUUUUUUUUUCUAUUCUUUGACGGCUUAAAGCUUGCUGGACAUCGAGCUGAAAACAAGCAACGCUGGAAAUGCAUCUUGCUGUCAUUCUUGUGUUAAUGUUGGGCCACUUGUCUGGGGCUUUCCGGGCCCCAGUAGAUACAAUCAUAGUUCAGGUCCAGCAGUGGGGUGUGGUGGGUGCUCAGCGGGUCGUGGAACAGGUCCUUCUCAAUGGAGUCCCUCUUACUGGAGCAAGCAAGGAAGUCAGCAGCAUUAUCAAAACCAUGUCAGCUGAUGCACUCCUUCCAACACUUAUGAGCCUCAACCAGAUUGCAGAACUGAGAAAUUACACUGUCCUUCGGUCUCGUGAAUGCAUACUGGAGGAGUCUCAGCUGCACUGGACUGACCGUGUGCUCUAUGAUGGUAAGGUCUACCUGACUCUGGACCACAAUGAUACCUGGACAGCCCACAUACCACAAGCACUGGCCCUCAAAGUACUGUGGGACCAGGCAGAGCAGCGCACAAGGACUGAGAGGAUCCACCUUCAGGAGGGAUGCAUCAACUUGAUGAGAGAAUUGAGGCUUUCAGAGGAGCAGUCAGUUGCAGAAAAUCAUUUGCCUCAGUUUCUGAUCCCAGUCUUGGCUCUGUUGGCCUUUGCCGGACUUAUCAUUAUAAGCCUCCUCCUCUCCAAGAAACAGGGUAUGUGGCACCCCGGAGGUGUUAUUGGCUCAAUUAUACAUUACCCUAAGGACAUCACAGAAACGCCCCAAGAAACAAAAGGCUGUGGAUAUCAUACACUGUAA